CGCCGAUUGAACACCAAGACAUGCUUAUGUUUUAUGGGUAGCUAUUAAUAACUGAUGGAUAAUGUCAGAACAGGCACUAAGCUCCUUGUUGGUUUUGGUAAUUGAUGUAAAUCCUGUCUGGUGGGGCCAGCGAACUGAAAUUGAAGACAACCAGUUGCAACUCUGUGAAUGUGUGGAUACAGCACUUGUAUUUGCUAAUUCUCAUUUAAUGCUGUCUCACAUGAACAAACUGGCAGUCAUUGCCACCCACACAGACAGAAGUCACUUUCUAUACCCAUCACGAAAAAAAGACAUUAGUUCUGAGGGAGGAGGGGAUGCCAUGGCCACUACCAGUGCUAAACAUGACGGAAAGUAUGAGGUGUUCUCACAAGUAGACGAGGUUGUCCGGCGAGAAAUCAAAUAUCUCAUCUCACAAAACCUUGAGGGAGAGGUGGCACCAGACUGUAUAAUUGCAGGAGCCUUGUGCAUGGCACUUUGUUAUAUUAACAGUCUUGAAAAAGAAUGUCCCAUGGGAGAAAAACUGUCUUCAAGAAUAUUGGUCCUAAAAGGAGCAGAAGACAAUCCUUCUCAGUACAUGAAUUUUAUGAAUGCUGUCUUUACUGCUCAAAAACAGAAUGUUGUGAUAGAUGCAUGUGUACUUGAGAAUGACUCUGGUCUGCUGCAACAGGCCUGUGAUAUCACAGGUGGAAUUUACCUGAAGGUUCCUCAAGAAGCUGGCUUAUUACAGUAUUUACAGUGGUUAUUUCUAACGGACCCAUCAACACGUGGAAAGCUGACAUUGCCUCCUCGGGCCCAAGUGGAUUACAGAGCUGCUUGUUUCUGCCAUCGCACACUUAUUGAUGUUGGCUAUGUCUGUUCAGUUUGCCUUUCAGGUGAAUUAUACUUUCCAUUUAAAUCUUUAAAAAGUAUUUGUUAUAUAAAUGCUUUAAAUGUGUGCUGCUCCAAGAGCACAAGUUAUGUUGCUAAAUGGCUAUAUGCUGUUAUAUGGGUUUGCUUCUUUUUAGGUUUGUGAUCUUGAUCUGGCUCCCUUUAGUGUUCUGGAGAUGCAUUCUCUUUCCCAUGUUUACUGAAAACAUCCACCCUCCCACACUACAUCCUAACAACAAAAAAGCGCUUAAGCAACAAAAAUUGAAGGAAUAAAAAGACUGAGACACUUCAUGUGGCAACAAUAGCGUUAUUAGUAUAAAUACAAAUUAUUCAUUUGUAUGAGAGUUCUUUCCAUAAGCAAGUACAGUAUAUUAAUUAAAUAAUCAUGAUC